AUGUUUAAAUUCUUUUCAUUUUGGGUAGUAAUUGCCUUGUUGGUAUUUCUAACAACAAGUACUUCUGGUAGACCUCAAUCUCGGAGGCAACUUUUGGAUAAACGUGUGGAAAAUAGAGAACAGGAGAGUGAAGAUCUGGAUGCUGGAGCUGACGAUAAGGAUGAUCUAAAGGGAUCAGCUUCAAUUGGCUAUGGAUAUUAUGGCGGAUACCCGUAUGGUGGAUAUGGAGGUGGAUUGUACAGUGGUGGAUUGUAUGGUGGUUCACUUUAUGGUGGUGGAAUAUACCCUUAUAGCUACAGCUUGUCCAGUGGAUAUUAUGGAGCAGGAUACUAUCCACAUUACGGAGGAUACGGAGGAUUCCCAGGACAUUAUUUCUAG